AUGGUGGUGGGGAUGGUGGUAGGGGUGGUGGAGGGGAUGGUGGUGGGGGUGGGGAUGGUGGGGAUGGUGGUAGAGGAGGUUGAGGGGAUGGUGGUGGGUAUGGUGGUAGGGGAGGUUGAGGGGAUGGUGGUGGGGAUGGUGGUGGGGAUGGUGGUAGAGGAGGUUGAGGGGAUGGUGGUAGAGGAGGUUGAGGGGAUGGUGGUGGGUAUGGUGGUAGGGGUGGUGGAGGGGAUGGUGGUGGGGGUGGUGGAGGGGAUGGUGGUAGAGGAGGUUGAGGGGAUGGUGGUGGGUAUGGUGGUAGGGGAGGUUGAGGGGAUGGUGGUGGGGAUGGUGGUGGGGAUGGUGGUGGGGAUGGUGGUAGAGGAGGUUGAGGGGAUGGUGGUAGAGGAGGUUGAGGGGAUGGUGGUAGAGGAGGUUGAGGGGAUGGUGGUAGAGGAGGUUGAGGGGAUGGUGGUAGAGGAGGUUGAGGGGAUGGUGGUAGAGGAGGUUGAGGGGAUGGUGGUAGAGGAGGUUGAGGGGAUGGUGGUAGAGGAGGUUGAGGGGAUGGUGGUAGAGGAGGUUGAGGGGAUGGUGGUAGAGGAGGUUGAGGGGAUGGUGGUAGAGGAGGUUGAGGGGAUGGUGGUAGAGGAGGUUGAGGGGAUGGUGGUAGAGGAGGUUGAGGGGAUGGUGGUAGAGGAGGUUGAGGGGAUGGUGUCUUGGCCUGUUGUGAAGGCAUUUCAUGGGAAUGGUAGUGAGCAUGAUGAUUACACAUUGGUGGUCUAUAUUGGUAGUGCUAACUUGGUGGCCCGCUGUAAUAACAACAAUAACAUGUGA